AUGCUCCUCUUCCUCGCAGACGCGGCGACCUCGAGCCCCUGGACCCUCCCGCUCACUGCUCUCGCCGUUGCCCUCGCCUCCCUCUACAUCUAUGCUUCUCCAUCUUCUUCUCCGCGCCGAACUGUCACCACACGCCCUGCAUACCCACCCGCAUACCGCACGCGCCAACACCUCGCACGCCUCGCGGUGUUCGCACAUACGUUCUUUGUCCUCUGGCUCGCCGCGCACACGCGCCCGCAGAACCUCUUCACCCGUCUGAGCAUACCGCUCACGACGCCCACUGAGCAUAUACGCUCGCUGCUGCUUGAUGACGCUGUCAAGAACAGGGGAGGCGCGGGCGGUACAAGCGAUGUGGUUAUGAGUGUGCCUAUUCCACCGGAUGUGGACGCGCUCUUGAGCAGACUGGCUUCGCCAGAGUCGCGUGCGCUGUAUUCUCGAUUCGGCCAACGCGCCAUGCAGACCUGCUCCUUCUGCCAGUCCUCGACGGACUACUCGUUGUUCACUCUGCCAGGUAUAGUGCUGGCAUACCUCCGCACGGCUAUACUUGUUGCCUGCCUCGCGUCCGCGCCCAACUACCGCGCACGCUUCCGGACAUAUGCAUUGGGUCUUCUCGCGUGCGCAGCGCUCGCAGAGGGGUACGCGUUCACAGUCGCGAGCGACGUGCCCCUGCCCAAGAACGGGCGCGGUGUGUUCAUGUGGCACGACACUCUGCACCUCGCCCGACACCUCCUCUUCACUCUUCUCCCGAUCGUCAUUCAGUUCCUCCCUCCGAUCCCACCGCCUGUGCCGCCAACUUUCAUCCUGCAGCAGGCUCAGGCACAUCUCGAGCGCGGCCUCGCACGUACACACCUCCUCAAACGCACCAGAGGCGCUGUCCUGCGCAACCCGUCGCUACGCGAGAAGGCUGUCAGCUGGUGGACGCGUAACGCGCAGGAAGGUGCAAUGGGGAGAGCGGAUGAAAGUGUAAGGCGUGCGGCGGAGAGGGCGGGGCUUGGGUAUGGUGAGGUACCUGUGAAGUCUGGUCUGGAAGGCGCAGCGGCGGGUAUGGGCAACGUGGGCGGGGAGGGACCGCUCAGGGUGAAUGCGAGGGCGGCGGUGGAUUCGCUGAGCGCGCAGUUUGCGCCGUACGCGGAGCUCGAGGUCGUGCCAAGCUAGACCAUGGUUGGACAUGUAUGCAGGGGUAGAUUGUGUGCUGUAGGACCUCUAAUACUGUCGAUAGUAUGGGUCGUUGCUGUCGCUUUAUUUCCUUUCCCGCUGUUGUGCAAUCAAUGGAACGUAGAGCUGGUGCCUCAACUGGCAUUGCAUCUAUGAUAUC